AUGUACCCUCAAAGCUCAGCAGAUUCGGUAUUGUUAUUUCAGCGUCCUUUCGUAUUUACAAGCAAUUCGCUUAUGACAUCAAGCUCAGUGGAAUUCGAAAUGGAAAAAGUGUUUCAUGCAAUGGAAAUGGGUCACAACGUCUACAAACUUCUAUUGAUGAAGCGACGAGAUCCGGCACAGAAAAGACUUACGUACAACCGUGAGACGAGGCAACUGUUUUUGUCGAAACUGGAUAAUUAUGACAAGAGUGGUGGCAAAACGCUGCGGCUAGAUUUGCGAAUAGUGAAAGAAGUGCACACCCUUGAUUUUAAACUGAAAAAGAUCAAAAUCGGCGAUAAGUGGGAAAAAGACAAGGAAAUUAAACAGUUUGAUGCAACCAGAAUAUUAGUUCUAAGUUAUGCAACCACUUUCAAUUUGCGAUACUGGAUUUUGUUGUUUGAUACGGAAGAUUUAUGUCGCAUGUGGUGUCAAGGUGUUCACUAUUUGAUGCUGGAUACAAUUUCUGCUUGUCAUGCACUCCUCGUGGAACGGUGGCUAAGGAAGGAGUUUUAUAAUAUUGCUGGAUAUGCUCUUGAAAAUCCUUGCGUAGCGAUGAAACAUAUGAAGCCGUUCGUACAAACAAGUCUACAAUAUAAAGUGCAGUCAAAACAGUUGCAAGAGGUUUGCGAAGAGACAAUGCAUUAUGACAGUUUCGCAAAUGCUUAUCGCAAACUUUUGCACGCCAAUUCGCUUUUCGCAGAACAUUUUGCGGCUUAUUCGGAUGAUGCAGCUGUUGUUAGCUUCAACAAUUUCUUGCGCUUUCAUAAGGACAAGCAAAACGAUGAAAUAGGGAUGAUGCGAGAAAAAGCCAGUGAUUUUCUCAGACAUUUUUUACGACAGUGGGACCCAUAUAGAGAUGUUCGUGAACCAGCUCUUAGCGUUACUGAAUUUUGCGAUUUCCUCUUCUCUCGAGAAAAUUCACUAUGGGAUUCUGUUAACGAGAAUGUUAUACAUGACAUGAAUCGACCACUAAGUCACUAUUGGAUUGCUUCAUCACACAACACAUAUCUUACCGGUGAUCAGCUCAAGAGUGAAUCCUCCUUGGAUACAUAUGCUCGAGCUUUGCUUAUGGGUUGUAGAUGUGUUGAACUUGAUUGUUGGGAUGGACAAAAGAGAAAUUCAGGUGAAAUACAAGAUAUUGUUAUUUACCAUGGUUACACGAUGACUAGUAAAAUCAAUUUACGCGAUGUGCUUUAUACCAUUCGUCAUUAUGCUUUUAUCAAUAGCGAGUUUCCAGUAAUUCUCUCGAUUGAAGACAAUUGUUCAGUACCGGUACAACGCCUACUUGCUCGUGAAAUUAGAGAAAUUCUUGGUGAUUAUUUACUCACAGCUCCAGUUAGUCGUGAAGAAACUUGUUUACCAUCUCCGGAAGCUUUAAAGCGAAAAAUUAUUCUAAAGCAUAAAAAGCUACCGACAGAAAGUGAAAAUAUUAUCUUACAGCAAGCUGAUGAGGAUCAAGAGCAGGAUUUGCUUUUGCUGAAUUUUACGCGGCAAGGAAUUCUGUCAUUGAAGAGCGGAAUAAGCGAUGAAUGGACAACUCAUUUAUUUAUAUUGUUUCCGGAUCGUUUAUGUUACAUGUUGGAACAGUGCGAGAAUAAUAUUGAUAAUCAGGGUAUUCUGAGACGUCAAGAUUCAUUGGGAAACGCACAUGAUGAUGAAAAUCAAGAUGUUUUGACAAACUUGACGGGUUUUGGUGUUCCUCCAGAGGAAAUGCAUAUUACAGAAGAAUGGUUUCACGGUAAAACAGAUCGAGAUACGGCAAGAAUUCGCCUUUUGGAGCAUAAAGAUAAAGGCAAUGGUCUUUUUUUGGUUCGCGAUUCGACUAUUUUUAUUGGCGACUACUCGUUAUCAUUUCUACAUAAUGAAAAAGUACAUCACUGUCGAAUACGCACAAGGAUGGUGAAUGGUGAAAAAAAAUAUUAUUUUUUGGAAAAUAAGCAAAUGGAUACACUUUAUGAACUUAUAUCGCACUAUACAAAGGAAAGAUUGAGGACACCUAAUUUUAGCACGACACUGAUCACUCCAUGUCCGCAGCCUUGUCCUCAUCUCGGCAUGAUAUGGUUUUGUGAGAAAACAGAUAGAAAUCGUGCCGAAGAACUGCUGAACACAGUUCAACAAGAUGGGGCUUUCUUGCUGCGCUUUAGUUCUACUGAUAAAAACGUUUUUGUGCUUUCUCUGAGAGUUGACGGCGAAAUAUGGCACUACCAUUUGAAACGCGAUGGUCGAAUUUUUGUUGUUAACCAGACUAUUUUCGAGAAUUUGAAUCAAAUAGUUGAAUAUUAUUCAACAAGGGAAUUCGUUCGUGGAAUAUGUCUAAAAUAUCCUGUGGGUGAGGAUACCAUUAUUGGUUCUGCAGGUAUAUGCUGUAGUACCGACCGGGCACUUGGUUGUUACAUGGAACUCAAAGACAUUGAUAAAGAGGUAUUGGUUCGAGCUAUCGAGUCCUACAAUGGAUCUCUUCCCUGUGAACUUUCAUUCCCUGUAAAUGCGGUGAUAAAUGUAUUCAGGAAAGAUGGCGACCGCUGGCGUGGCAAAUAUCGCGGUCGUUCAGGUUUCUUCCCUUCUCGAUGCGUUAUUGAACUAGAAACUUCUGAUAAUCAACCGAGUGAGUUGGGGCCUUACGCAGCUAUCGAUUUGGCCGAUUCUUUAAUUGAAGAAGUACCGUUUGAAAUUGCUGGUCGACCGUUUGCAUUUAAAAUCAGACGUGUUUCAACGCACUGGAAUCCAAGCGAAUACGUUUUAGCUGCCAAUUCAAGUGAAGAACGUGAAGACUGGUUAAAUAUUCUACAUGAGCUGAUGAGGACAGUUACGGAUCGCAAUACCUUGAUACGUACACGAGAGAAAAAUCUGCGAAUAGCUUCUGAAUUAUCUGAUUUGGUGGUUUACUGCCAGGCGGUCCCUUUCAAUUCACAGUUUGCAACACAAGGCAAUUUCUAUGAAAUGUGCUCGUUCAGUGAAACAAAAUUCGAAAAAUUGGUAGAACGAGGUUUAGUUCAGUUUAAUGCUCGUCAGUUGUCACGCGUUUAUCCGCAAGGUUCACGUGUAACUUCAGCAAAUUAUGAUCCAGUACCAAUGUGGAAUGCUGCAUGUCAUAUGGUUGCAUUGAACUACCAAACUGGCGACAGGUCGAUGCAACUUAAUCAAGGCAAAUUUAUGGCGAAUGGUCAGUGUGGAUAUGUACUGAAACCGUCUUAUAUGAUCGAUGAAAUGUUUUCUCCCGAUGCUGCCGAAGUUGUAUCUACCUCUUGUCCAAUCAUUCUUACUGUUCAUGUAGUAGGAGGACAACAUUUGUCAAGGAAAGAUAGAAAUCGAGGUAUCUGUUCUCCUACUGUUACUGUAGAAGUUGUGGGUUUGCCGGCUGAUUCAACUAGUGUUCGAACACGAGCUAUUGCUUCCAAUGGCUUGAAUCCUGUUUGGAAUGAGAAAUUCAUCUUCAAAGUGUACUGUCCAGAAAUAGCUUUACUUCGCUUGUAUGUUGAAGAUGGCGAUUUUAUGGGACCUAAGAUGGAUCCAUUUAUUGGACAAGCUGUGUAUCCACUUGACUGCAUUCGCACUGGUUUUCGAUCCGUACCACUUCGUAAUCAAUACAGCGAGGAAUUGGAAUUGUCGUCAUUACUUGUUUAUCUCGAUAUGCGCCGUCGAAGUAAUGAAGCAGAAGUUCUAAAUCCACAUGUUGAUUUGCAAUCUGACCGAUAUGUUGCCGGUGGAUUGCACAAGACAUUAACAUCGUCUGGCGUAUUUUCGGCACGGUUGAAUUCAACUGAUCAAAGUAGUUUCACGGUACCAUUAACACCCAAUUUAUCAGUUGCAAAACAAGUCCAAGUUCUAAUGGAUUCGACCGGUUCAACAACAUCUGCCUCGAAAAAAGAAAGCAGUUUGAAAAAAAUUUUCCGGCUUGGAAAAAAUUAG